AUUAAUUAUUCCUGGUUGUUCAGUGUUGUUCACUUUCACGUUUUAUUAGCGGCGUUUUGUGUUUUCACUUUAGACGUAUUAUAAACUUCAACUUGCACAUAGCCGUGUAACGCCUGUUCAGUAAUUUUGACAACACUUUUUUUCUGUAUUUUCGUCAUGCCUCGAGCGAAAAGUGCAAAAACUUUAUUGGAAUUGUCGAUAGCAUAUGUUGUACAAAGCAUGAAUCAGUGGACAUGGAAGCCAAUCAAGCUAUCAGACGCCAUAUCAGAUUUAGAGCUCGGCACGUCUCCUUUACAUCAGCUACCUUUGCAUGUUCUGGAGGAAAUCAUGUACUAUCUUCACUAUAAUAAUUUGUUGGACAAACACUUGAAAUGGGUUAUCACUUCUCAACUCGAUGAGCUACUAUUAACCUCAUGUAAUGAAGUUCAGAUCCGUGGAUAUCUUAAACAUGCUGCUAUACAAUGUCCAUGUAUGAAAUCAAUAGAAUUUCAGAGGAGCAGAGAUAACAUUCUUAAUAUUGAGACAUCCAUACUACAAUUCUUUCCUAAAUUCCAGCAAUUGGAGAAAUUGGAGAUUGCAUUCACUUCAGUGGGAGAUAAUAGCUUGGAAGUUUUUGGAACGUAUUGCAAAUAUCUAAGGGAGCUGGAUGUGAGUCACUGUCCAGCUGUGACUGAUGCUGGAAUUGAAAGAUUGUGUGGUGAUGCCGACUAUUUGGGAGAAGAAGGUGGAAGAAUAGAUUAUAUGUGGGAUAAUGGGAAGUGUAAAGGUAUUCAGAUAUUGCGCGUCAAGGGAACUAACGUUACCAAGAAAGGAAUUCAAAUCGCUCUUCAAAACCUGCCUUCCUUGAAAGUAUUAAGUCAUGAGUUAGUUGUAGAAGUUUUGAGUAACAUUCAUCAAUUAGCGCUUGAGAAUAACCUGCCCGUUAUCCCCAAAUUUUCCGUAACUGAAAUCACUGUCGUUAGUCCGUAUGUACCUGGAAGCUUUGUCGUAGCGCUUCUUCUUUGCCCUUCAAUUAUCAAGGUCAAGAUUAAGGGGAUCAAUGGUUUUCUUAACAGUGACUUAUUGGCAUUAUUGUCGCUUGCUAGUCUCCGUCACCUACAGAUAUCUGCUUGUCCUGAAGUAAAGUUUUAUGAUGGAGUGAUCCCAUUGCUAAAGGCCAAUGGAGAUCUUCUCGAGAGCCUGAAACUGGAAAAUUUCUAUGAUGUCGACUUUCAUUCUAUCGUCGAGUUAUGUCCUAAUCUCAAUUCGCUUGUAAUUGAUGAUUGUGUCAGCCGUGAAAUUCCUAUUGAAGAACAAGACAAUUCUGUGCGUCGAAAACGAAUCAAAGUUGAACAUCCGAUUUUGAAGAAACUUGAAGUAUUGCGUGUGACCUUUUCGUCUGUUAAUUCCGAAUCCCUACUUUUGCUAUUGUCUUCACCUUCUCUCAAGGGUCUUGAAAUUACUGAUUGUUUUGAACUUACGGAUGACAUACUUGAAAGGGCCGCGUUGCUUCAUGAUUUUCAACAUUUGGAAGAAUUAGAAUUAGCUUACUGCGAUUCUGUGACCAAAAAGGGAAUUGAUUUAUUGUUGAAUGAUAGCAACUCAAUCAGGGAAAUGUCGUUGCAAUUCGACUUCGAACAUUCAGAACUGCUUACGGCAGAGAACAUAAAUGAAUGGAAAGAGAAAAGCAAACAGAAAAAUUGGCAGUUGAAAUUAGAUUUUUAUGUUCAAGAAACUAAUUGUUCAUAAUUCAUGACAUUUGUUUUAAAUUAUUUUCCCUUUCAAUGCGUUUGGUUGUUGGAUGGCCUAUCUGCGUUUUUUGGUUUCACAACGUCGAGGCUAAAAAAUAAAACACAGUUAAUUUUAAAAUUGUCUGUUCACUAACAAAACGUAAUUGCUAUUUGGUGAUACUGUGCAAUUUACCGGUUUUCUUUCUAAACUAUUUCUC